AUGAGCUGGUUCCGCCGUGGCAAAAGUCGAGCAUCAGUAGCUGAUGGCUGUGAUGGCAAGGCCACGCCGGCGCUACCUGCAGCAUGGUACAGGUCGCCGGCCAUGUACGAGCUCGAGCGGCGGGCCAUUUUCUCCAAGAAGUGGCUACUCGUCACGCACAAGCUGCGCUUCCCCGACACGGGCAGCUAUGUCCAAAUCACCGAGGCCGGCUAUACGUUUUUUCUGAUUCGCGACCGACAGGGCAACAUUCGGGCGCAUCACAACAUUUGCAGGCAUCGCGCAUAUCCAAUGGUGGACAAGGAGUCUGGCAAGGUGUCGGUUCUUGCAUGCAAAUAUCACGGCUGGUCAUAUGGUUUCGAUGGGCAUCUAGCCAAAGCGCCCAAGUACCAAGAAGUUGCCGGCUUCAAAAAGGAAGACAAUGGGCUAUACCGCAUCCACGUGCACGUCGAUGCGCUCGGGUUUGUAUACGUCAACCUGGACGCCGGCGAGGUUCCCGCCGUGUCCUGGGGUCAAGAUUUCGCCACGGUAGAUGAGCAGCCGCGGCUGCGCAAGUUUGACAUGACGAGAUACACAUAUGACCACAGCUGGGAGAUGACGGGCGACUACAACUGGAAAGUCCUGGCCGACAACUACAACGAGUGUUAUCACUGUCCUACCGGUCAUCCGGCGCUGCCGGCCUUGACAGAUCUCGCCAAGUACUGGGUCGAGACGGCCGGGGCGCACAUCCAGCACUACGCCGUCGACAAGACGGACCCAGAGGUCAAGAGCCUAGGCAAUGUCAGCACAUUCUACUACCCGAAUGCUUCCUCUACAGUCACUCCCCAUUUCUUCUUUAUCCAGCGCUGCGUGCCCGUCUCGGCCACGCAGACGCACAUGGAGUACGAAGUAUACCGCAGCAUCGACGCUACCGAAUCCGAAUUUGUCGAAAUUUCCGACUUUUUCAAAAACAUCAUGAUGGAGGAUAAAGAAUUGUGCAACGGCGCGCAAAGAAACCUCAAUGCGGGGAUAUUUCUCAACGGCGAGCUGCAUCCUCGCGCAGAAAAGGUAACAAAGUCCUCCCCCCCCAAAAAACCCGCUCGGGGCGGUGCUGACAAGAUGGCAUAA